AUUCUCGCCUCUAACCACACUACACUCUCUCCAAAACCGAAAGAGAAUUUUUUUUCCUUCAAUUUUCCAACCUUUUUCCUGAGAUUUAGGGUUUCGUUGAAAAAUGGCUGACGAAUCGGAGAAAAGCACCGUGACGGUGGAUCGUGACGGCGGCGAUUCUUUGCUUGAGAAGAUCACCGAGAAGCUUCACUUUGAGGAUGAUUCUUCCUCCGAUUCUGAUUCUCAUUCUCAUUCUGAGUUGGAUAAGAAACCGGUUAUUGAAUCGGUGAAGGAGAAGGUUUUUCGCCUCUUUGGAAGGGAGAAGCCUGUUCAUUCCGUCCUCGGCGGCGGAAAGCCUGCUGAUGUGUUCUUGUGGAAGAACAAGAAGUUAUCUGCUGGUACACUCGCGACAGCAACUGCUAUUUGGGUGUUUUUUGAGCUGCUUGAAUACCAUUUUCUCACUCUCAUUUGUCACAUUUCGAUUCUGGUUCUUGCACUAUUGUUUUUGUGGUCCAAUGCUCAUACCUUUGUUCACAAGACUCCACCUCACAUCCCAAUUGUUCAUCUUCCUGAGGAACCAUUUCUGCAGAUUGCUUCUGCAUUGAGAAUUGAAAUCAACCGAGGAUUCUCUGCCUUGCGUGAUAUUGGUACUGGAAAAGAUGUGAAGAAAUUCCUCAUUGUAAUUUUUGGCUUGUGGAUUCUAUCGAUUGUUGGUAGCUGGAGCAAUUUCUUGACCCUGUUCUACAUAACUUUUGUUUUGUUGUUCACGGUGCCUUUUGUGUAUGACAAGUACGAGGACAAGAUAGACCCCCUGGCAGAAAAGGCAUUCAUCGAGAUUAAAAAACAGUAUGCUGUGUUUGACGAAAAGGUCUUGAGCAAGGUCUUGAGUAAGAUCCCAAAAGGUGUGUUGAAGGGAAAAUUAGCUUAGAGUUUUUAGAAUGUGUGCUCCAGCUAGAAGAAAAAAGAGGCUUCACUCUUGAAUGUUUUUAUAUACCUAGCCUUUUUUGGAUUGUUUCUAGGCAGUAUUGAUACUUGGGAAGAUGUAGUUUACAAUUUUGAAAAUGGAUUUUAUUGGCUACUCUGUUUGGACAUCUUGUAGUCCUUGAUUGAUUAGCUUCGCUGGGAUUUUGCUGAAAGUUAAUAUUCAUGUUAAAAGUUUUUUUUGAUUAAAAUAUUUGGGUUUUCA